AUGAUUCUGCAGGAUAAGGGCCAUAUCAUCACGAUAGCGAGCGUUGCCUCCUUUGUCGCGCUCCCCACGGCUGUUGACUACUCUGCUUCAAAGGCGGGUGCGAUGGCAUUUCACGAAGGCCUCAGCACCGAGAUGAAGACCAUAUAUAAAGCCCCAGGCGUUUUGACAACAAUUGUCCACCCUUGCUGGGUAAACACGGAUAUGACGGCUAAGCAUGCUGCGACAAUUGAGAAAUUCAAUGGCCCGAUGAUGUCUCCUCAAAUGAUCGCGGAGCCUGUGCUGAACCAAAUCCUUGCGCGACGUGGUGGGCAACUUGUUAUUCCAGACAGCUACUCGUGGCUUUCAGCUCUACGAGGACUUCCCAACUGGUUCCAGGAGUUGGUGAACGACCUCCAAGGUAGAGCAUCGGGCUAA